AUGAAGACCACCGCUAUGCUCAUGAUCGCCGCCUUCGCCAGCAGCGCCCUCUCCCUCGAGGUAAAGGACGCUUCGACUCCGGGUGGUGGCACUCCAGGCUCUCCCGCUUGCGGCCGCCAGUGUCUGAUCACUAUUUCCCCAGUCGAUGGAGCCUCCACGCAGAGGUCCGAUGGCUUCCCUGGCUCUUGCAAGGAGUACGCCACUGGUCAGCUCAAGGGCAUCAGCCGUUCUAUUGAUGGAGGACGUCUCAACAUCAAUGGUGUAGCAGGAAAUCUUGUCAUCGACUUUGUUAAGAACGGGCGUGAUCGUCGUGCUUCCUUCACUAAUUGCAAGGAAGCUGUGUAUACUGGUGCGCAGUGUAGUCUCAAGCAGGCUGAAUCUGGAUAA